UCACCUUUACACCUUUUUUUUUCCCUGUUUUCACCGGCAGCCUUCCGUUUGGUGUUCGGUUUAUCAGGUGUUGAACGCCGAGAAGAAGAAACCCAACGCAAUUUCGAACCAAAACCCUAAAAAGAAUAGUUCCUUCCGUCGGAACUUAGAUGUUAUUUCUCUGUGCUUCUUCAUGGAGUUCCAAGUCCUAAAUGCCAGAGCUCCAACCCAGCUCUCACUCUCUUUUCCCCGGGGACUGUUUUAUCCAAACUUUACCAGGGCAAUCAUUUUUAUUCUAGUUCUGUCUCGUGCUUUUUUUUACCAUGCUACAUGUGGACCAUGCAUCAUUUCUGAGCUGCAAUCAUUGUCAAAUGAAGACGCUGGAUACUACAUGAAUAAUCCUGCCAAUGGCCUCCAUAGCACCUUUCCUGCAGAUAUUCGCUCAGGCACCAAUCCAACAACCCGCUCGAGUUUUGAAAGUGUUUGUUCUGACAGUCGUUUUUUUUGCUUUCCUUCAACGCUGCCUGACUUUACAUUUCAUGAGAAACGGAUGGGUGUAGAAGUGUCUUUGGGUCAGUUUGAUGGUACACCACCACCCGUCGGAUCGACUCAAGAUGACGAGUUGGCUGCAAACAAAAGCCAGUCAUCAGAUUAUGGUGUAUUUGAAUUUUUUGAAGGUGGCAUAAUUUCAUGUUCUCUAAACUCAAGACAGGGUGUUAAUGAGCUGUCUUCCAUAGAAAAACAUGAUAGCGGGACUAAAUUGGAUGUUUCUACAUGUAGAGGGGAUCUUCAUUACCUGAAAAGCCCAAGUUCUACACAAAAGAAAGAUCAUGUUGUUACAAAUUCAUAUUUUUCAGAUAGUUCUUUAUCUCCCAACGUGGAUCUUAGUCCCACUGAAUUGGAAUGGGGACAUAAGUUUUUAUACUUUCCUUCUUUAGCGUCACUAACUGUGAUGAAUACGUGCAACCAAAGUAUUCUACAUAUCUAUGAACCAUUCAGCACUGACUCACAGUUCUACUCUUGCAAUUUUAAAGAGGCUUUAAUAGGACCUGGUGAAUCAGUCUCUAUUUACUUUGUUUUCUACCCAAAAUAUUUGGGCUUGUCCUCUGCCCAUCUGAUUUUGCAGACAAGUUUGGGUGGUUUUUUGAUCCCGGCUAAAGGCUUUGCCAUUCAGUCACCUUAUGGAAUCCAGCCUUUGUUAAGCCUAAAUAUACACUCAAGUGGGAGAUGGACUAACAAUUUGUCUUUAUUCAAUCCCUUUGAUGAUGUUCUCUAUGUUGAGGAAUUAACAGGAUGGAUAUCAGUUUUCAAAGAGGAUAAAUGUCACCAUACAGAAGCUGUUUGUAGAGUAGAUAGGUAUCAGGUAUUUGAUGAGCCAAAGCAAUCAAUUAAGAAAGAAGGCUUGGUUGUCCAUCAUGGUCAUAUAGGCUCACCAUUGUUGUCUAUGAGACCGAACAAACAGUGGAAGAUAGAUCCUCACAGCAAUGAAACUAUUAUGGAAAUGGAUUUGUCAUUUGAACGUGGAGGGACAAUCAUUGGCACAUUUUGGCUGCAGUUAUUUAGGCCUUCACAGGAUAAGCCCGAUGUAAUUGCGGUUCCUCUGGAAGCUGAACUUGAAGGGGGGUCAAUCGAUGAUGAUCAUAAAGGGUCUGUAUUUGCAUCUUUUGAGCCUUUAUUAUACCGUGGAAAUGUUUUUGUUGCCAUUGCUCUGGAGAACAGUGCUUCUCACUUGCUGAGUGUUCUUAAGAUUAUUGAAGUGGCUGAAAGCAAGGUUCUUAAGUUCAAAAGCUUGGAAGGCUUGCUACUUUUCCCUGGAACUGUCACACAAGUUGCUUUGAUUGCCUGUAAUGAGCAAGAUGCUCACUUUCACAAGGCUUCACCUGAAAGUUUCAAUAUGUAUAGUAAAUGUAAAUUACUUGUGUCAACAAAUGAGUCAACUAGUUCUCAUAUUGAAAUUCCUUGCAAGGAUAUAUUCCUUCAAUGUUCAGAAUACUGGAAGUACUCUUUCAUGGAAGAUGGAAAGCAAAAUGUACACAUCGCAUCUGGUAAUGUAAGAACAGAGUCUUUGGCUAAUCAUGUGCGUUUAGAAUCAGAAAUCGAGGCUGUGGAGAGAGUAGAAGCAGAUGAAUUGGUGCUUGAAAAUUGGGUUUCCAUGGGGACCAGAAGGUCCAUGUCUGUGCUUGAUGAGCACGAGGUAUUCUUUCCCAUGGUCGAGGCUGGAAGUCAUUCUACUAAGUGGAUUACUGUAAAAAAUCCAAGCAAGUGGCCGGUUGUAAUGCAGCUAAUUAGUAAUUCCGGUGAAAUUACUGAUGAAUGCAGAGAACCUGAAGGAUUUGUCAUCCAUCCAUCUGGUGGUUUGAUUCACAAUGGCUCUACUAUGCCGAAGAAGUAUGGUUUUUCACUAGCAGAGGAUGCUGUUACGGAGGCUUAUGUUCAUCCUUAUGGGAAUGUGCUUUUUGGGCCAAUAAUCUUUUACCCUUCUGAUGGAUGUCACUUCCGAAGUUCAGUUUUCGUAAGAAAUAAUCUAUCUGGUGUAGAAUGGUUGUCGUUGAGAGGAUACGGGGGUUCAUCUUCUCUGCUUCUUCUUAAGAGUUCAAAGCCUGUUAAGGGUAUAGAGUUUGAGCUUGAAUGCCCAAUUUUGCUCAACAUCUCCCCUUCAGAAAGGUCAUCCCGUGUGGAAGAGGUUAGCCAUGCCUGUACAAUGUCAUUAUCUAAAGAGUUGUAUGCUAAGAACACUGGCGACUUUCCUUUGGAAUUCAAGAAGAUUAAAAUAUCAGGUUCAGAGUGUGCAUCAGAUGGUUUCUUAGUACAUAAUUGUAAAGAAUUUUCCCUUGAACCUGGAGAGUCAAAAAACCUUACCAUAUCAUACCAGAUUGAUCUUUCUUCCGCUGUAGUGUAUAGAGAUCUUGAACUGGCCUUGACUAAUGGUAUUCUUGUAAUACCCAUGAAGGCCAGUCUUAUGCUCAAUAAUUGCAGAAAAUCUGUGUUGUGGACACGGCUGAAGAAAUUCUCUUUCGCUGUUCUCCUAAUUGCUCCUGUAAUGUUCUUGUUCUUGUGUUGGAAUUUGGCGCAUAUGAUAUCUUUGAGCUUUCUGGACUUAUGCGUAUGCAGUUCCACAAGAAAUGUAGAAAAGACUUGUUCUGUGCAUCCUAGUGAGAAAAGCAGUCAAUUCACGAAUGUUUGGUCUGUUUUUGAAGGAGAGGGAACACCACAAUCAUCCAUGCAGGCAAAAUCUCAUGUAAUUGUGAAUUCUGAUGCCGCAGAAGCAUCUCAACCAAAUUACCUGACAGUGAAAACUGAUAUGGAGAGGGGGAGGCGGCGAAAGAAGAAAAAGGGAGGUGGCAUAAAAUUAGGUGGUCUAGUUGAAGUUUCCAGUAGUCGAAGUGGUAAUUCUACGCCUUCGUCCCCUUUGUCCCCCACUGCAUUUGGUUCACCGAAACGUGUAUGGGGUAUGUCUCCUGAUGUGAACCAGUCCAUUGAGGCGAGGACUCUCUUUUCUGCUCAGGUGGAUGACAAAACCCAAUGUCACAAGGCAUCACCAUCUACACCUACUUGUGUCACCAAUGCGCUGAAACCACCUGCAGUUAAUGUGAAGAAUUGCAUUGACAACUUGGCUUCAUCUCCCUCAAGGAAUAGUUACAGUAAACCAAUUUUGCUGCCUUCAGCCACUUUUCCAUCUGCUGGGAGGCCUGUCCCAAAUGUCAUAUGCUCCUCUCUUGUUGCUCCAACCUCAAAAAUUGCACCGCAUGCUCGAGCUCCUGGCUCAAAACUCUUCAACCGAAAAGGUAGUUUAGAUGGGGAAGGUAAGUGUAGGAUUCAGGAUAAAUACAAAUAUGAUAUCUGGGGUGAUCACUUCUCUGGACUUCAUUUGAUUAACAAAUCAAAGGAUGCGCCUUCCAUGAUCAUCCCCAGAUCCAUAGAAAGGGACUCUGAUAGCUUUUUUGAAACGAGUCCCCAAACUCUCGUUGCCAAGUCCCAGCCAAUUUCUGGGAGUUCUUUUUAUCAGUAUCAUCCUGAAGUUUGAUCAAUUAAUAUUAAAAAAAAAAAGAAAAAAAAAAUC